AUGGCCCGGCCAUUCGACUGGGUCGUUCCUGUGUUGAAGGCCACGGAAGCGGAUAUAAUUGAGUGUGCAGGGCUCGAUGCCGCGGUGUAUUUGAGAAUGUUCCAGUUCAGUAUACAGCUGUUCGGGGUGUUGAGCCUGCUUUGCCUGCCGGUGCUUCUGCCGCUUAACGCGGUGAGCAGCCGUGAGCUGUUGAUGCACGGCGGCUCCAGUUUAGACUUCCUCUCUAUAAGCAACGUGCCUCCGGGGUCCCCGGUGUUCUGGGCGCAUCUGGUGAUGCUGUAUGCGGUGUCCAUAACGACGUUUCUGAUCAUCUGGUGGACGUACCGCCACGUGUGGGGGCUGAGGCACGACUACCUGGCGUCGAGAGCCAAGGUGCUGCAUCCAGAGGAGUAUGUGGUGCUCGUGACUGACGUGCCGCAGCCGCCGAAGCUGAGGCAGGAGUCCAGCGUGGGGCUGUUCGCCCCCAAGGAAGGCGUUGUCCCGACAGUGAAGCUGAGCAAGCCGGCCGUCCGCCGCCUCUUCACCCUCCUGCGCAUCGUCACCAUGGGCGCGGUCCAACCCCCACAGCGCGCCGACUGCACCUCCGCCUCCGCCGUGGCCGACUCCCAGUUCGUGGAUCGCUUCUUCUCGCGCCUCUACCCCGACUCGUACCUCAACAACCAGGGCGUCGCCAGCUACGGCAAGGUCAUGCGCGCGUACGGGCGCUGGCGCCACGCCGUGCAGAUGCUCGACCGCACGCGGUUCCGGUACCAGCAGAGUCUGGAGAGGAACCGGCAGCGCAAGAACCCCAGGCCGGAGGAGGAGCUCGUGCCGAUGAGACGCGAUGGGCUGCUGCGCCAGGUGUUCAUGGUGGGACCCAGGGAGCCGAGCAUUGCCUACUGGAUCCGCCAGGUGGAGGACGCCAGCAAGGCACUCAAAGAGGCGCAGAGAACCGCCUCCGCACGCCGGCGCACGGGCGCGGCCUUUGUGGCCUUCCGCAAGCGGCGCUCCUCAGCCGUGGCAGUCCAAACAGCCCACGCACUGCAGGGCUCUGCGUGGCUGGUGCACCGCGCACCGGAGCCCCGGGACGUGGCGUGGCAGAACCUGGAGCCGCGGUUCUGGGAGCGGCGCAUCCGCACGCAGGUGGCGAAUGGCAUCUUUGUGUGCUCUGUGGUGUUCUUCUACCUGCCUGUCACCGCCGCCAGCUUCCUCAUCUCCUUUGACACGCUCUCGGCCAUCUUCCCACCGCUCAAGAAUAUCGAUCAAAAUGGGUGGCUGUUCAAGGGGUUGACGCUCAUCCUGCCGGCAGUGGGGCUGCGUGUGUGCUACUGGAUAGCGCCACCGCUCAUGGUCAUGCUCUCCUACAUGCAGGGCUGCCUCUCCACCUCGGCUGCUGAGCGCCUGGCUGCAGAGCGCUUCUACUACAUCCUGCUCUGCAACGUCUUCUUUGGCUUCUUCUUUACCACCUCGGUGCUGCAGCAGAUCCAGCUGCUCCUGGAGCAACCAUCAUACGUGCUGGAGAUCCUGGGGAAGUCGGUGCCGAGCACGUCGGGGUUCUACCUGUCGUACGUGAUGACCUCCACCAUCAUCUUUGGCGUCGAGCUGCUGCGCCUCCCCAUCGCGCUCUUUGUCUACCUCUUCCGCAUCCUCUUCACUGGGGUCCAGAUUGCCGACCGCGAAAAGCUCUGGAACCAGGGCGGCAUCAACUACCACAUCUUCUUCCCGUACCAGAACCUGGUGAUCACCAUCGGGCUCGUGUAUGCGGUCAUCGCCCCCAUCAUCCUGCCCUUCGUCUGCUUCUACUCCUGCAUUGGGUACCUCGUGUGGAAGCACCAGAUCAUGUAUGUGUACUCGUACCCGUACCAGACGGGAGGGCUGCUGUGGAUCAAGUUCGUGGGCCACGUGAACGCAGCUCUCAUCAUCGCACAGGUCACGGUGAUCGGCAUCUUUGUCAUCAAGCAGGCAUACCUGCCAGCAGCAGCAGCAGCGCCGCUACCCUUUGUGACCUUCUACUUCAUGGCGCUCAUACACGCCAAGUUCACCAACACCUUCCAGUUCCUCCCGUUGGAGCUAGCAGUAGAUGUGGACGAGUACAAUCAGGGCCACGACAUGCAGCACCGCAUGGACGACAUGGCUCCCGAGUACAUGCCCUUCUGCAUGCGCCUGCUGCACAACCCAGACCUGUCCCCGGACGCACCCCCCUCGGAAAACAUUCACCAGAUCAUCAACCCGGAUUUCUAUGUGUCUCCGCUGGAAGCGUCGAUGGUGGAGGAAAGGAAGCUAUCUGUGAUUGCUCACUCUGCCUCGCUCCGCCGGGGGAAAGGGUCCGGGUCGCUUGGGGAGGUGGAUGUAGGUGGGGCGAGUAGCGAUGGUUCUGCUGCUGAUAAGGUGGGGCGUGGCAAGGGUGGGGGUGAUGGUGGUGUGGAUGGGGAUUUGGAGGGAGAUGGAGUGGCGGCGGCUGGGGAGGAAGGAGUGGAGGGAAGGGAGGGAGGGUGGAGGUGGGGUGCCGUGCUGGCACGAGUGCCGCUGCUGGGCUGGCUGGGCCGGGGGCUGUCUAAGUCAAAUGCGCGUGGAGCAGAGCAGGAGGGUGGUGAUGUUGACCCGAGUGCCGCUGCUGUUGGUGUUGCUGCCGCUGCUGGUGCUGUUGGUGUUGCUGCUGCUGUUGGUGCGGUUGGUGGAAGCGAGGUAGUUAAAGGAGGGUUGGGUGCACCAAAUGGCACAGCAGGACAUGCUGCGGCUAAUGGUGUGACUGAAGGCUCAGAAGCUGGUCUGUUGAAUGGUGAAGUGGCGGACAUGGUAGGGAGAGUGGAGGGUGGAGUGCGAGGGACAGGAGAGGAGGAGGAAGGCAGUGGAGAGCAGGUAGGAGGUGAGGAGGAGGAGGGCGAGAACGGUCCCCUGUUGCGGCAUUCGGAGGGGCACGGGCAUGGGCAUGGGCAUGGGCACGGGAAUGCGCAUGGGCAUGGCACAGGAGUUUCUUGUUUGUGUGUUCCUCUAGGGGGGCAUGUGCUUAACGCAAGUGGGCAUGGGACGGACGGAAUGAGAGGAGAAGAUUUAGGGGAAACUUCCGGGGUUGGGAACGGUGAAGCGGAAGUUUUCAUUGGUGCAGAGGAGCUGGGUGCUGGGCCGAGUAGGGAGCGAGAGAGGGGUGGGAGGGAAGAGGGGAAGGUUAAGGACGGUAAGAAGGACGGCGAGAGGGUGCUGGUGGGGGAAGGGAGUGGGGUUAGGGGAAGCUGGGGAGAUGUUAGGGGGGGAAUGGUGCCGACUGCUGUAGUGGCUGCUGCUGCUGCUGCUGCUGCUGCUUCUGCUGCUGCUGCUGCUGCUGCUACAAGUCCCGCUGCUGUUGCUACUAGUCCCGCUGCUGUUGCCACAGCCACCAGAGAGGAGGAGUCUAAGAAGGGAAGCGUGAGGAAUAGCAGAUAUUCAGGAGAGGGAGGGAACGUGGGGAUGGGGGAGAGGAGUGUGAGGGAGCCGGGAGGGGCGGGUGUGUCGGUCCGAAGCCUGAGGGAAUGUCUGAACUUACAUGCAGUGCUGGGCAUGCUGUUUACAGCAUAG